AUGGCCAGGAAGGGACAGAAGAACACGACUGCGGAAAUUAGUGAUCAUUUUUCUCUGAUAAAUGAGCAGCAGGUUGAUGAUAUCACGUUAGAGUUUUUUUAUAAACCGCACACGCUUACUUUAUUGUUAAUCGUCGUACUCACAGCACUGUACUUCGCGUUUACAAGGGAUGAAGUCACUUCGAAAGAAAAUAUUCGGGACGGUAUUUGCUGCGCUGUGUUCUUCUUCCUCGUCUUAAGCGUUCUGACAUUUCCGAAUGGACCAUUUACGAGACCUCAUCCUGCUUUAUGGCGCAUCGUGUUUGGUAUUGGUGUACUUUACUUGCUUUCAUUGGUAUUCAUUCUUUUCCAAAGUCUUAGCGAUGUGAAGUAUGUGAUACACUGGCUUUACCCAGAACUCAGGGGUAGUGAACCUGAUUCAAAGGAAUAUGCUGUCAAUUGUUCACAAAUUACCAUGGAAAAAAUAUGGAGUCAUUUCGAUGUGUUUCUCUUUUCCCACUUUUUUUGCUGGAUACUGAAAACAAUGGUUGUGAGGCAUUAUGGGAUAUGUUGGACAAUGAGUAUUACCUGGGAGAUCACAGAGGUCGCCUUUAUACAUCUUCUUCCAAAUUUUGCUGAAUGUUGGUGGGACCAGUUGAUUUUAGACAUACUAAUAUGCAAUGGCCUGGGAAUAUGGAUAGGAAUGGUCAUCUGUAAAAAACUUGAAAUGAGGUCAUUCAAAUGGGAAAGUAUAAGAAAUAUCCCAUCAACCUCAGGAAAAAUACGACGGGCCGUUCUUCAGUUCACGCCAGCCAGUUGGACCCAUGUGAGGUGGUUAGACCCAACUUCGUCAUAUAUGCGUGUUAUUGCUGUGUACAUUAUGCUCGUUUUAUGGCAGGUGAAUGGAUUGAACACUUUUUUCUUGAAGCAUAUACUAUUAAUUCCAACCAGUCACUCAAUAAAUAUUUAUCGGGUGGUUUUAAUAUCUAUAAUUGGAGCGCCAUCUAUCAGGCAAUACUAUUGUUAUGUUACUGAUCCAAUGUGUAAACGACUGGGAACCCAGUGUUGGGUACUUUGUGCUAUUGUGAUGACGGAGACUUUAAUAUCCAUGAAACUGGGCAUGGAAGUGUUUGCACAAACCAUAUUGACAAACGUCAUACUUUGGUUAGUUGUUCAGGAAUCUCGCCAGAAUGAUGCCAACAUGUCGACACAGUACUGGCCAAUCAGUGAAAGCAGCCAAUAUUCCAAAGUUAUGGAUGAACAAUCCAACAACCUAGCAGUACACCAAAAUAAUGAUUUAUCCUUUAUCUACCAAGAACGGCGAAACGGGCAUAUGAAAACUGGCCGUGUGAAAAUCAAAAAACGGGCGAAAUCUCAGAAGUCAGGGGGUAACUAG